CGAGCCUGAUCUAUUAAUGGGUCAAAUAAAAGCCUCUUUGGCCCAAUUCAAUAAACUGGCCAACUGGGGAUCAUCAUAGAGACAGACUACUAGAGAGUAGAGACGCAUCAGAAAGAAGAGAAAUUGAUCCCACAAGUUUAAACACGAUUACAAAUUAAAACGUGCCACGUAUUCAAGACGGUGAAUUAACACGACGUGGCAAGGUAUGAUUGGAUAACUUACGCAGCUGCCUAACAAAAACAAGUGAUUUGAGUUUUCAGAUGAUUAGAAGGAAAAAAAAUUCUGGAACUUUCGAGCUUCUGUUUUGCGGUGCUCUCAAAGCUUAUAUCGGAUCUCGAAUCUUGAAUCGGACUCAGAACCUCGGAUCUUCGAAAAUCGACGAACAUGUCUUCUCCUGGCGAAUUCUAUAACUCACUUCCACCUAUAACCAAGGCUUAUGGUACGUUGUGCUUUUUCACUACAGUAGCCACGCAGCUUGGCUUAGUUGCUCCCGUUCACAUUGCUUUAAUUCCUGAACUUGUACUUAAGCAGUUCCAGAUCUGGAGGCUGAUAACAAACUUGUUUUUCCUCGGUGGUUUCUCUAUCAAUUUUGGAAUACGUCUUUUGAUGAUAGCAAGAUAUGGAGUUCAACUCGAGAAAGGGCCAUUUGAAAGGCGGACAGCAGACUUUUUGUGGAUGAUGAUCUUUGGAUCCUUCACUCUAUUGGUAUUAUCAGUCAUACCAUUUUUCUGGACACCGUUUCUUGGUGUUUCACUUGUGUUCAUGCUUCUUUAUCUCUGGAGCCGAGAAUUUCCAAAUGCCAACAUCAGCCUAUACGGUCUUGUCACUCUUAAGGCUUUCUACCUCCCAUGGGCAAUGCUAGCACUUGAUGUUAUCUUCGGUUCUCCGAUCAUGCCAGAUCUUCUUGGCAUCAUAGCUGGACAUCUAUACUACUUCCUAACAGUCCUUCAUCCUCUUGCUACCGGAAAAAACUACCUGAAAACCCCAAAAUGGGUUAAUAAAAUCGUAGCAAGAUGGCGAAUUGGAGCUCCAGUUGCAAGUGUUCGACAAGCAGGUGGUGUAGGAGCAGCAGGACCCGGAGCUGGAGGAGGAGUAGGAGGAGGAGGAGCUUAUUCAAGCGCUCGUGCCCCACCCGAGAGUUCAAACACAGCAUUCAGAGGUCGAUCAUAUCGUCUCACCGACUGAAAUAGAAAUCUUCUCGAGUUUCUUUGUUUUCAUCAUAUCAAAUCUUUUUCAAACAAUGCCACUAACUAAUCCCAGGUAGCUUUGUGUUUUCGAACAGUACAGUUUUUGAAUAUAUGACUCUGUAGGAAGAAUCUUUGAGGUUUUAAUACAAUGUUCUUUUCAAAAUGUGGUUCAUGUUUCUAUGUUUUUGUUUUUGUCUAGCAAUCAUCUCCUUACUAAAUUGAAUUCGAUAAACUAUAGCCACUAUGAAUAUAAUCAAAUGAAAUUUGUGACAUAAGAAUUUGG